UAUCCGCUGCUUAUUGUCCAUGCUGAAAAGCAUAAAUUGGUAACGUUAUUUUCUGCCCGACGAGUUCCUGGAGAGGUGGAACCGUACCCUAGUCCAAACUCCCAAUUUCUUCCCAAAGCCAUGGUUAGAUCCGACUUCAGAAAAUGGGAGGCGGUAAAAGCAAAUGUAGAAAGCGACACGGUCGGUUUUCCGUUGAUACGUGGUUCGGUAUGGUUGGUGGCUUUUUGGGAGAUGUUCUUAGAUUCCUGUCGUUUUGUAUUCUAGCUUUUCUACGACUCUCCAGGACAGGAAAGAAUCUCUCUUUUAUUGUCUCUAUCGACUCCCUGUCUCUCUGCUCGUGUCCUGCGUGCGAGAAGCGACUGCAAGGAUGGGGAGCACGAGUGCUGUGAAUCUGGAAGAUGUGCCUUCCGUCAAUCUCAUGACUGAGCUCCUCCGUCGUUUGAAGUGCUCCACUAAGCCCGACAAGCGCGUCAUCCUCAUCGGCCCUCCAGGAUCUGGAAAAGGCACCCAAUCACCUUUCAUUAAGGAUGAAUACUGCUUGUGCCACUUGGCUACUGGUGAUAUGUUAAGAGCUGCUGUUGCUGCAAAGACCCCUCUUGGUCUCAAAGCCAAAGAAACCAUGGACAAGGGAGAACUCGUUUCUGAUGACUUGGUUGUUGGCAUUAUAGAUGAAGCAAUGAAAAAGCCUUCAUGCCAUAAAGGUUUCAUUCUUGAUGGAUUUCCAAGAACCAUCAUGCAAGCGCAGAAGCUUGAUGAGAUGCUAGAAAAGCGUGGUGCCAAAAUUGAUAAAGUUCUGAAUUUUGCAAUUGAUGAUGCAAUCUUGGAGGAGAGGAUAACUGGUCGGUGGAUACAUCCUUCCAGUGGCAGGACCUACCAUACAAAAUUUGCUCCUCCGAAGGUUCCGGGGGUUGAUGAUGUUACCGGAGAACCUUUGAUUCAGCGCAAGGAUGAUACUGCAGCUGUCCUCAAAUCUCGACUUGAGACAUUCCAUAAGCAAACUGAACCGGUGAUUGAUUAUUACUCCAAAAAGGGAAUAGUUGCAAAUCUUCAUGCGGAAAAACCUCCUAAGGAUGUGAUGGGCGAGGUUGAGAAGGUUUUGUCUUCUUGAAAAAGAUGGUGUUCCCACCUGAGAAUUCCAACAACUAGUUGAGUUUUACAGGAUAGAUAUCGGAACCUUUGAGUUUCUGUUCCAUUGUUGUAUAAUUGAAUGUGGCGGCUGUUUUCAAAUUGUUGAGGGAUUUUCCUUAUCGUCCUAAAAUAAAGUUGAGGACAGAAUUGCUUGUCUUUGGUCAUUUCUUCUGGAAAUGCGAGAACGGAUAAGCACUGAUGACAAUGGAGUAGGGCUUGAUUUGCU